UGAACGAAAUCAGUCCAUCAUUGUGAGUGGAGAGUCCGGGGCAGGAAAAACCGUCUCAGCUAAGUAUGCCAUGAGAUACUUUGCAACUGUAAGUGGCUCUGCCAGUGAGGCCAAUGUUGAGGAAAAGGUCUUGGCCUCCAACCCCAUCAUGGAGUCAAUUGGAAAUGCUAAAACAACCAGGAAUGAUAAUAGCAGCCGUUUUGGGAAGUAUAUUGAAAUUGGUUUUGAUAAGAGAUACCGAAUCAUUGGUGCCAAUAUGAGAACUUACCUACUAGAGAAAUCUAGAGUGGUGUUCCAGGCAGAAGAGGAGAGAAACUAUCACAUCUUCUAUCAGCUUUGUGCCUCAGCAAAGUUGCCUGAAUUUAAAAUGCUACGACUAGGAGAUGCAAAUAACUUUCAUUACACAAAGCAAGGAGGUAGUCCUGUGAUUGAAGGAGUGGAUGAUGCAAAGGAGAUGGCACACACGAGGCAGGCCUGCACUCUGCUAGGGAUUAGUGAAUCUUAUCAAAUGGGAAUUUUUCGAAUUCUUGCUGGCAUCCUUCAUUUAGGCAAUGUUGGAUUUACAUCUCGAGAUUCAGAUAGCUGCACAAUACCUCCCAAGCAUGAACCUCUUGGCAUCUUCUGUGACCUCAUGGGCGUGGAUUAUGAGGAGAUGUGUCACUGGCUGUGUCACCGGAAGCUGGCCACAGCCACGGAGACGUACAUCAAACCCAUCUCCAAGCUGCAGGCCACCAAUGCCCGUGAUGCUUUGGCCAAGCACAUCUAUGCCAAGCUCUUUAACUGGAUUGUAGACCACGUCAAUCAGGCUCUCCACUCAGCUGUCAAGCAGCACUCUUUUAUUGGUGUGCUAGACAUUUACGGAUUUGAAACAUUUGAGAUAAAUAGUUUUGAACAGUUUUGCAUAAAUUAUGCAAAUGAAAAACUACAGCAACAAUUCAACAUGCAUGUCUUCAAAUUGGAGCAAGAGGAGUAUAUGAAGGAACAAAUUCCGUGGACACUCAUAGAUUUUUAUGAUAAUCAGCCUUGUAUUAAUCUUAUAGAAUCGAAACUGGGCAUUCUGGAUUUGCUGGAUGAGGAAUGCAAGAUGCCUAAAGGUACAGAUGACACUUGGGCCCAAAAAUUAUACAACACGCAUUUGAACAAAUGUGCACUCUUUGAAAAGCCCCGUCUAUCAAACAAAGCUUUCAUCAUCCAACAUUUUGCUGACAAGGUGGAAUAUCAGUGUGAAGGCUUUCUUGAAAAGAAUAAAGACACCGUUUUUGAAGAACAAAUUAAAGUUCUUAAGUCAAGCAAGUUUAAGAUGCUACCAGAACUAUUUCAAGAUGACGAAAAGUCCAUCAGUCCCACCUCAGCCACCUCUUCAGGGCGUACACCACUCACCCGCACUCCUGCAAAACCCACCAAAGGCAGACCAGGCCAGAUGGCCAAAGAGCACAAGAAAACAGUGGGUCAUCAGUUCCGAAACUCCCUUCACUUGCUUAUGGAGACCCUCAAUGCCACCACUCCUCACUACGUGCGCUGUAUUAAGCCGAAUGACUUCAAGUUUCCUUUCACGUUUGAUGAGAAGAGGGCAGUGCAGCAACUGAGAGCGUGUGGCGUCCUGGAAACCAUCCGAAUCAGUGCAGCAGGGUUCCCCUCACGGUGGACUUACCAAGAGUUUUUCAGCCGUUACCGGGUCCUAAUGAAGCAAAAAGAUGUGCUGGGUGACAGAAAGCAAACAUGCAAGAAUGUGUUAGAGAAACUGAUACUGGACAAAGACAAAUACCAGUUUGGUAAGACAAAGAUCUUUUUCCGUGCUGGUCAAGUGGCCUAUCUAGAAAAACUGAGGGCAGACAAACUGAGGGCUGCCUGCAUCAGAAUCCAGAAGACGAUCCGAGGGUGGCUUCUGAGGAAGAAGUACUUACGCAUGCAGAAGGCGGCUGUCACUGUGCAAAGAUACGUGCGGGGCUACCAGGCUCGAUGCUAUGCUAAGUUUCUGCGCAGAACCAAGGCAGCAACCAUCAUACAGAAGAACUGGCGCAUGUAUGUGGUCCGUAGGAAGUACAAGAUUAGACGAGCUGCCACGAUUGUUCUUCAGUCUUAUUUGCGAGGCUUCUUGGCCAGAAAUAGGUAUCAUAAGAUACUCCGUGAGCACAAGGCAAUCAUUCUUCAGAAGUGGGUCCGAGGCUGGCUGGCUCGUACGCACUACAAGAGGAGCAUGCAUGCCAUCAUCUACCUGCAGUGCUGCUUCCGGCGGAUGAUGGCCAAGCGUGAGCUGAAGAAGCUCAAGAUCGAGGCUCGCUCCGUGGAGCGCUAUAAGAAGCUCCACAUCGGCAUGGAGAACAAGAUCAUGCAGCUGCAGCGCAAAGUGGAUGAGCAGAAUAAAGACUACAAAUGCCUCAUGGAGAAACUGACCAACCUGGAAGGAAUAUAUAACUCUGAGACUGAGAAACUACGAAGUGACUUAGAACGUCUUCAACUAAGUGAGGAGGAAGCUAAGGUUGCCACUGGACGGGUCCUCAGUCUGCAGGAAGAAAUUGCUAAACUCCGGAAAGACCUGGAACAAACUCGAUCAGAGAAAAAAUCCAUUGAAGAACGAGCAGAUAAAUACAAACAAGAAACUGAGCAGCUGAUGUCAAAUCUAAAGGAAGAAAAUACCUUGCUGAAGCAGGAAAAAGAGACCCUCAACCACCGCAUCGUGGAGCAGGCAAAGGAGAUGACAGAAACUAUGGAGAAGAAGUUAGUAGAAGAAACAAAACAACUGGAGCUUGAUCUGAAUGAUGAGAGGCUAAGAUAUCAGAACCUUCUGAAUGAGUUCAGUCGUCUAGAGGAACGUUACGAUGACCUCAAGGAGGAGAUGACUCUUAUGGUGAAUGUGCCUAAGCCUGGACAUAAGAGAACAGACUCCACCCACAGCAGUAAUGAGUCUGAAUAUACCUUUUCCUCUGAAAUUCCAGAAGCUGAAGACAUUCCAUCAAGGGCAGAGGAGCCAAGUGAGAAGAAGGUGCCUCUGGAUAUGUCCUUGUUCCUCAAACUCCAGAAGCGGGUCACAGAGCUGGAGCAGGAGAAGCAGAUGAUGCAGGAUGAGCUGGACCACAAAGAGGAGCAGGUGCUCCGCAGCAAGGCAAAGGAAGAAGAAAGACCACAACUUAGAGGUGCAGAACUGGAAUAUGAGUCCCUCAAGCGUCAAGAACUAGAGUCAGAAAACAAAAAACUGAAAAAUGAGCUAAAUGAAUUACGCAAAGCCCUCAGUGAGAAAAGUGCCCCAGAGGUGACCGCUCCAGGCGCACCUGCCUACCGUGUCCUCAUGGAGCAGCUGACCUCUGUGAGUGAGGAGCUGGAUGUUCGCAAGGAGGAAGUCCUCAUCUUGAGGUCUCAGCUGGUGAGCCAAAAGGAAGCCAUCCAACCCAAGAAUACAAUGACGGAUUCCACAAUACUUUUGGAAGACGUACAAAAAAUGAAAGAUAAAGGUGAAAUAGCACAAGCAUAUAUUGGUUUGAAAGAAACAAACAGGCUCUUGGAGUCCCAGCUGCAGUCUCAGAAGAGGAGCCAUGAGAACGAGGCUGAGGCCCUCCGUGGGGAGAUCCAGAGCCUGAAGGAGGAAAACAACCGGCAGCAGCAGCUGCUAGCCCAGAACCUGCAGCUGCCUCCAGAGGCCCGCAUCGAGGCCAGCCUGCAGCACGAGAUCACACGGCUGACCAACGAGAACUUGGAUUUGAUGGAACAACUUGAAAAACAGGAUAAGACUGUCCGGAAACUGAAAAAACAACUGAAAGUAUUUGCCAAAAAAAUUGGUGAACUAGAAGUGGGCCAAAUGGAGAACAUAUCUCCUGGGCAGAUCAUCGAUGAGCCAAUCCGUCCCGUCAACAUUCCCAGGAAGGAGAAGGAUUUCCAGGGAAUGCUGGAGUACAAGAAGGAGGAUGAACAAAAGCUUGUUAAGAACCUGAUUCUAGAACUGAAGCCACGUGGCGUAGCAGUCAAUUUGAUUCCAGGGCUACCAGCAUAUAUCCUGUUUAUGUGUGUUCGACAUGCUGACUACCUGAAUGAUGAUCAGAAAGUCAGGUCUCUGCUAACAUCAACAAUUAACAGCAUCAAAAAAGUGCUGAAGAAAAGAGGCGAUGACUUUGAAACUGUAUCCUUCUGGCUGUCUAACACGUGCCGCUUUUUGCAUUGUUUGAAGCAGUACAGUGGAGAAGAGGGCUUCAUGAAGCACAACACAUCUCGCCAAAAUGAACACUGCCUCACCAAUUUUGACCUGGCUGAGUAUCGGCAAGUGCUGAGUGACUUGGCCAUUCAGAUUUACCAGCAGCUCGUGCGAGUGUUAGAGAACAUCCUUCAGCCAAUGAUCGUCUCAGGCAUGCUGGAGCAUGAAACGAUUCAGGGCGUGUCUGGGGUGAAGCCCACAGGGCUCAGAAAGCGAACGUCCAGUAUCGCUGACGAGGGCACCUACACGCUGGACUCCAUCCUCCGGCAGCUCAACUCCUUCCAUUCGGUUAUGUGUCAGCAUGGCAUGGACCCAGAGCUGAUCAAGCAGGUGGCCAAGCAGAUGUUCUACAUCGUGGGGGCUGUCACCCUGAACAACCUCCUCCUGCGGAAGGACAUGUGCUCCUGGAGCAAAGGCAUGCAGAUCAGGUACAAUGUCAGUCAACUGGAAGAAUGGCUGCGGGACAAGAAUCUGAUGAAUAGUGGGGCCAAGGAAACCCUGGAACCUCUCAUUCAGGCCGCACAGCUUCUGCAAGUGAAGAAGAAAACAGACGACGAUGCAGAGGCCAUCUGCUCCAUGUGUGGCGCUCUAACAACUGCCCAGAUUGUCAAAGUGUUGAAUUUGUAUACUCCAGUUAAUGAAUUUGAAGAAAGAGUCUCUGUAUCAUUUAUUCGUACCAUACAGAUGCGUUUACGAGACAGGAAGGACUCUCCUCAGCUGCUCAUGGAUGCUAAACACAUCUUUCCUGUCACCUUUCCCUUUAACCCAUCCUCCCUCGCACUAGAAACCAUCCAGAUUCCAGCCAGCCUGGGUCUGGGCUUCAUUUCACGGGUCUGAAAGUGAUGCCGGGCAAAUAGUGACAAUGCAUUUCUUGCCUGGAAAAGAACCAUGAUUACUGUAAGCUACUAAAAAUUCAUUUGUAAAAAGAAAGUACAGAUUAUCUCUCCAGCAGGAUGUUAACUGGAAAUCUCCUGGAAUGCGUUCAUCAUCUUAGAAACAGAGGCUCCUUUGUGCUGUGCUCUCUUUAUAAAGCAGCUCUCGUCCUUGGUCAUUUGGCUAUCCUGAGUUUACAUGCACCUACGUAGGAAGGAAGAAAAACUAUGUGUCGUUAGCUGCCAGCGUUUAUGUUAAAUCCUUAGCACUGCAUUCAAGUGCUAUAAAAAUCAUAAAGUCCAUCUCUAAGAACUGUCGUUGGGAAGAUACCAGCAAAGGAUCUCCUGCACUGAACAGAAGGGCUGAAAGAAAAGUUGCCAUUGCAUACAUAUCAUAUGAGUUUAGGAACCAAUCAUGAUGUUGUCAGACUGGAUCAAAGAAAUAAACUGGCAAUAUAUAAAGUACCCGGCCAAGUAACUUCCUUAUUGUGUCACUAUGAUACACAGAUGUUAAAAGAGUGUCAGUUUGCUGUACAGCAUAGAUGUCCAUUGUACUGUAGCUUACUGAACAUCUUAAAUUGCUGCUACCUACUGUCUCCUUAAAAUGUAAAUGCUAUCUUAUUAAGCACUACAAUAAGCUUCUCUUCUAUCAACUCUGUUUACAAUUCAGUCAGCUCAGUUUUAACUGGAUUAUAUGCAAAUAUCUACAGAUUCAUUUGCACAAGUAGCAAACACUGAGAAGCAAAUGGCAAAAUGCUUGACAUUUGGGGUAGGAUUAGACAAAGUGGCUAUUGGUGAUGUCAUUAUUCAUUCAUGAUGUGUUGCAUUGAUGUGCUCAUUAAUUUUCCCAGGGUGGACUUUGAAUUCGGGUACAGUGCUCCGUGAAGUGGCUUAUUUUUAGUUCCCAGAUCUGAUGCCUGCAGUGCAUAUUCUCAACCUUGACAGGUUUUCCUUCUUCUUAAUUUAUUAAGAAUUAAUCUCAGUCAUCUGAAAGGAUUGUCAGAAUAUUCAUGAUUCAGGUCUUGAAACUUUGAUUACUCUAUAAGUUAUACAAAAGAAGGUAUAUAAAAAACAUUUAGUCAUAAUUCAGGUUUUUUAGGCUUUGCAACUUCUAUAAGUGUCUUGAGGUGCACUAGAUAUUUAAAAAGCAUCGCACUAGAAACACCUUAGGAGGAUUUGUAUAAGAAACAAAAGAUGAUCGCUGAAUUCUACAGAGGAUUUGGUUCAGGCAGACCCAGAAUCUGUAAGUUUUCAUUGCAGAAUUCUAAUUAAACAUAUUGUCCAUUUUCCUGGAAAUUGUAUACAAUAAAUCUGUCAGGUUGUUCAAAGCAACAUCUUAGCUCAGUAGAAACUCUGGUUCUUAAUUACAGUCAUAGGUUUAUAUAACUUAACUGCUAGAUGAUCUAUGAAAAUGAUUCUUAUUAAAAUAUGUGCAAUAUUUAUGGAAGUUAAACAGUUUCAAAACAGUGAAAAUACUGUCUGUAACUUCUGUGAACCUCAAUUUCCUUGUUUAUAAAGUAAGAGAGCUGGACAACUGGUUUUUAAAGUCCCUUCCACGUCUAAAAUUCUCCAUUUUCAGCACGUGGCUUCUGGGGAAAAGAGCCAGUUACUCAGUCCAUCCUCUGCCGGAAGGACAGCGUGCAGGGCCUGUCCAUUCCUUAGGGUUAAUAAAAUGUAAAGUCACAAAUUUAUGCAGCCACAACCUUUGUUCAAUGUACAUGACUUAUGCACGUUUUUAGA